CCCGGACUCUCUAACAACAAGGCCCAUGAUAUUUCCAGACACGCCAUGGAGGAUACCAGACAUCAGGAAAACCAAGAAGAUAUUCGUGAUGUCCUCCUCGCAACCAGCGCACUACAUAGCAACCGGGAUCUGGGGCUCGAGAGUGCUGGUUUCAUAACCAGCGUCACUGAACUGGGAGAUAAACACAAUUUGCAAAUAGGCGACCGCGUGUUCUGUCGGUCUGCAGGCUCUUUGGCAACCCACGUUCGAGUGGAUGCGAAACGGGGCAUCAAAAUUCCCGACAGACUGUCAUUUGAGGCAGUCGGCCUGUUCAGCACACACGCCACCAUGAUCCGAGGGCUUGUGGAAAUUGGUGGCUUAGAUUGCGAUGAUACAGUGUUGGUUCACUCAGCUGCGGACGCCAUGGGCAUCGCUGCAAUUCAGGUUGCUCUCACAAGAGGAGUCAAGCCGUACGCAUCUGUUGCAAAUGAAGAGGAGAGACGGUUCCUGCCGAGCGAGCAUGGCAUACCGGAAUCGCACAUCUUCUCCUCCCUAGACGGCUCCUUCGUUGCAGGCAUCAUGGAAAGCACGCGAUCUCGCGGGGUGGAUGCCGUGGUCAAUUCAUUUUCUGGCGAGCUGCUCCAUGAGAGCUGGAAAUGUGUUGCUCAGGGCGGAAUUAUGAUUGACCUCAGUGGAAAAGACAUGGCGGAUCAUGGCAAACUCGACAUGACCAUGAUCCAGGGGAACAGAGGAUUCCACGGUAUCGACACAGCUGCUCUGCUCUCUCAAAAGCCCGCGCUGGCUCGCCGACUCUUGGAGACUAGCUUGAAGCUGUACACCGACGGUCUGAUCAAACCGAUCUCGCCCGUCACUCGGUUCGACCCCGGAGACAUUAAACUCGCAUUCCAUCAGUUCCGGAGCAAUCGGCCUAUCGGGGCCGUAUGCAUCCAAUUCCCAGUGCAGAUCAGGCACGCUUCCGAAAGGACCGCUCCUACGUCCUCAUCGGCGGGCUGGGAGGGCUGGGAAGAUCGGCUGCCGUCUGGUUGGCCGAUCGCGGAGCCGGCUCGAUCGUGUUCCUCUCUCGAUCGGCCUCUCCCAGUGCUGGAGAGUUUGGCGCGAGAGCUCAAUGAGCCGGGAUGCCAGGUUCAGAUCUUCCCCGGCAGCGUGGCAGAUGCGACCACGGUCGAAUUCGUGGUCAGAAAUGCGGCGAAGCUAAUUGCUGGAAUGCUGCACCUGGCGCUGGUGCUCAAGGACGAGGCUCUCCUCGAGAUGUCCUUCGACAGCUGGACCGCCGCGACGGAGGCCAAGGUGCAGGGGACCUGGAAUCUGCACCACGCCUUGAAGGACCAGCCACUGGACUUCUUCGUUCUUCUCAGUUCCAUCUACGGUGUACAAGGAAACCCCAAGCAGGCCAACUAUGCCGCUGCCAGCACUUUCCUAGACUCAUUUGUCCAGUUCCGACAGCGCCAGGGCCUCCCGGCUUCCGUCAUCGACCUCGGCGUGAUGCAGGACAUCGGAUUCGUCAGCCAGCACCCAGCCAUCCUCGAGAACCUGCGACGUGCCGGGGCGCGACUGAUCUGCGAGAACGACUUCUUCGGAUCCCUGCAGUUGGCCAUCCGCGCUUCCUCCGAGCCCGCGCCCGCGCCACCCUCGCUCUCGACCAGUUAUGCCAGCAUUCCCCUCGAUGCCCGUGGCCUGGGCCUAAAGGUGCAAGGAACCAGUCAGGGGGGCGAUAAUACGCAGGACGCGCCGAGAGACGACGGGGACGUGCUGCGCCGGUUGGUGGAGAACGCAAAGCGCGACCCCAGUGCCUUGGACGACGAAACGGCCGUGGCCCAAGUGUUUGCCUCUCAUGUGGUCGAAUGUCUGAAGACGCUGCUGAUCUUCGGCGAUAACUCCGACCUGGACCUGAAUCUGGGACUGGCGGAGCUGGGUGUCGAUUCGCUGAUCGCCAUCGAACUGCAGAGCUGGUGGAUCCAGAAUUUUGCGGCGCACGUCACGAUUCUCUAGUUGACCACGAGCGAUUCCAUCAUUGAACUCGGUAGGCUAGCAAGGUCGCGACUGCUUGAGGGCUUGAGUGGUUAGCAAAACGGUCUGUGGCAAA